AGUAAGUAUGGGAAGUAUGGAUAUCGGAAUACGUUUAACAGUCUAUUUAUUGGUAAACUGACAUUUGUUUUCUGUAAAGGACGUAUGAAGCGAUGCAUCAGUGACUGAGUGUCUCUACCUGCUGUUUGAACCAUCAAGUGUCCCUUUGUAUUUGAGCUUCUAGACAGCGCAGCUAUCUGUCUGUCGUUCAUACUUUAAUAAAGAGAUGAUUCUUCAUCUCUGAGGGAAGUCAUGGAGCAGCAGCCUCUAACUACACGAUUAUCAGACAUUCCUCCACGAUUUACCAUGUCACACUAUACGAUCGCAGAGUCAGGAAAUCGGGGCUUGUCUCGUCGUAAGACUGGCCACACUACAAGAUUCUCAGACAUUCCUCCACGAUUUAACAUGUCACACUUUAAGCGUAUGAAAAAAAGAUAUGAGUACCAUAUUAAGCGCUAUAUACAUUUUAUUUAUUAUUAUUAUUAUUAUUACUAUACGAUCUCAGAGCCAGGAAAUCGGGGCUUGUCUCGUAGUAAGACUGGCCACACAACAAGAUUCGGCGGUGCGAUGCUCUCUACUUUGUAUCAUUCACGUUUGCACGUUUGUUUAUAUCUGCUCAAUGCGGCAAUUCCUCACAGUAGUUGCGUUGCGCGUGACAUGAACUAUACAAAGUAGACGCAGCAACAACGUAGCCUGGAAACGAAGCGUCAACGAUGGAUCCCGAAUAAUAAUAAUAAUACAUUUAAUUUAGAAGCGCCUUUCAAAACACCCAAGGUCACCUAGCACUAGGCAUUAUGUUGGCGGUCCUCUUCACAGAGACGAAAAAGAAGAAAAAGAAGAAAAGAUUGUGGACUCGUUCUUGGGUUGCAAGAAGAGGAGAGCUCGGGAUGUCGGUGCUACUUACCGAACUGGAGGAGACUGAUAGGAAAGGGUUCCGUGAGUUCCUGAGGAUGAGCGUCGAGGACUUUCAACUCCUUCUGGGGAAAGUUGAGCCUCUCAUCAAAAAGACGGACACAAAAAUGAGAAGGGCCAUCAGUGCCCGACAGAGAUUGUCCUUAACCCUCAGAUUCCUUGCAACUGGUGAGUCUUUCAGGUCACUGAGCUUCCAGUACAGGAUUGGCAGGUCUACUGUUGGCUUGAUUGUAAUGGAGACCUGCCAAGCAUUGUACAAUGUUUUGAAGGAAGAUCACAUGAAGACACCAACAACUGAGUCAGAGUGGCGUGAGAUAGCGAGCGGAUUCGAAGACAAAUGGCAAUUUCCUCAUUGCUUAGGUGCAAUUGAUGGGAAACACAUCUACAUUCAGCCCCCUGCUAAUUCAGGAAGUUCUUUUUAUAAUUACAAAGGCAGGUUCUCAAUUGUGCUAAUGGCAGUUGUAGAUGCCAACUACAAAUUCAUUUAUGCAAGUGUUGGCACUCAGGGCCGAAUGUCGGACGCAAGUCUGUUUGGACACUCAGAUCUCCGCAGUGCCAUGGACAGAGACCUGUUACAUUUCCCCCGCCCUGAGCCACUUCCCAAUACAGAUUUAAUCAUGCCCUAUAUGUUUGUUGGUGAUGAAGCCUUCCCUCUCCGUUCUGACCUUAUCAAGCCCUAUCCCCACAGAAACCUUGAUCAUGGACAGCGAAUUUUCAAUUAUAGAUUAUGUAGAGCAAGGCGAACUGUGGAAAAUGCAUUUGGCAUAUUGGCAAAUAGAUUACGUGUGUUCCUAACAAAUAUUUCUAUUGAACCAGAUAAGGUAACUUGCAUCACCCUUGCUGCCCUUGCCCUCCACAAUUUCCUGAGGGAAAAAUCCGAGGCCUACGUGCCUCCAGUCAUUGUGGACAGAGAGGACGAGAACCACAGAGUCAUUGCCGGAAGAUGGCGAAGAGGUGGAGAUCUUGACUCUGUGGCAUUGAGUAGGGCGCGGAAUGCCACAACCACUGCUAAAGACCAGCGUGACCUGCUGAAGGCAUAUUUUCAAUCCUCUGAAGGAUCCGUUGAUUGGCAGGAGGAUAUGAUUUGAAAAUGUUAUGCAUUGAUAUUUAUUUAUUAUCAAUUGGUUUAUACUAUUUAUAAUAUACUAUUUAUUUAUUUACGCUACUAUACUAUUUAUUAGUUAGUUACAACAGUGUUGUUAGUUAGACAGUAAACCAAUAUUUACAGAGUAUUUAUUAUCAUCUUGUUUAUACUAUUUAUUAUAUACUAUACUUAUUUAUGCUAUUACUACUACUAUACUACUAUUU